GGUAACGUGACACUGGAUACGUCAAAUGCGCGUUAAUUUGCAGCUCAAUUUCGGAUGAACGACGAGUCCCGCGAUGAAAAUUGCGGAUUAUCUGCGGCGGUUCAUCGACAAGAAGCUAUGGCUCAUAUUGGAAGGCACGAAUGUGUCGGACAGCGAGAAAAUCGCGGCCGAGGAGCUGCUGCACGAAAUCGUCACUGCCCUGGGCGAGCCCAAUUCGCAACCCAGCACCCGGACUUCCGUCCUUUACAAACCAUCUUUGACUGGAAUCGUUUCGAGUCAUGAGCAGCUUCUGUGGAUCAUCGCUCGGUUGUUGCGCAAGUUUAAGGGGUCGGACCACAUCUUGCUAUCAAAAAAUGCUCGAUUUGAGAGUUUGCUCUCGUGUUUAAACGCACCAGAGCAUAUAUCUAGAGAGCUGCGAACUUUAAACGAGGCUGUGUCAAAUUUAAUUUCUUCGGACGGCACUGACGGUAGGGAAGUCCACCUUCCUCUUGAUGUAGCCGAUUUUCUUCACCAGUCCAUGGUUCAAGGAGAUAUUGAUGCAGCAACAGGACUAGUGAACUGUUUGCUGAGUCCAUAUUUGAGUCACUUGUCAACUUUGGACGCAAACUUGCUCAAAGUGAACCAAGAUGCAUUCCAAUCCGCACUGCAAACCCUCGAAUCUCCAGACGAAUUCAGAUCAGCCGUCCUUCUUCAUUUGCUGGCUGUCACUAGUGACAUUUUAACAAAUCUACCCCAAAUUCAUGAACUUGCUAAAAAUGACAUAAUAAGUAAACAGGAGGUAUUUUUGGCACUUCUGGCCAGAAAAGAAACUCCACCGGCCUAUGUCCUGAAUUACUGCAACCUGGAUGCUCCAAGUGAAAAUUGUUUGGACAACGAAGGCCACUUGCAAGUUCAAAAUGCAUUUGUCUUCCAAAACAAUAGAAGUUCUCACUGGCUUUUGAACUACCUGAAUUGUUUGAGCCAAUCUAAUUUAGAGAGGAAGACUGAUGUUAACCACACUGCAGAUCUGAAGCCACUGAUGAUGUUUCACCUGUGGACUGAAGACUGUUGUAAUUUGUCUGUGAUAAAUCAAUACGCCGAGCAUUCCAAAAACCUUCCUCUCCUAAGGCUAGAAAAUUUGUUACGAAGAAGAGAAUUAGUGAUGUCGUGGAUAAAGAAGCAAGAGAAAUUAAAUGCCGAAGUGAUUCAGGUUGCCGUUUUGAGUCUUUUGAGCAAAUACUCUCCACUCAAAGUUCUGCACCAGAGCGGGGCUUUGCUUGAGUCAAACUGGGAUGAAAUUCACAAGCUGCUGAAGAGCUGCAAGCAGGACGACACCAAAUCAAGUUCAUGGGAAUCGGUUACCUUCCAGGGCUACUGCAUAAUGAUCAAAGCAAUGAACUUGUUCUUCAGCGCUUGCAAGUUCAAUGAAAACCACCCAAAAGAUUUUGACCAGUACCAGGAGAAAACCGUAAAUGUGAAAGAGGAGCUGAACAAGCUCCAGUCGGAAUUAAAAAAGCUCUAUCCUAUCAGUUUCAGGUUGGAGAUACUGGAAAACAUAUUUUCCCUCCUGUUCUUGCGCUACGAACAUUUGAAAGCAGACGAAGUGGCCUCUGACAGUGGUGGUGAAGACGACGACUCUCUGAAGAGCCUUGCAACUGUUGCUGAAGGCUCAUUGACCCCAGAAAUUCCAACACACUCCGACCAACCUGAUUUUGCAGGCUGUCCAAGCAAUGUCCAACCUCAGCCUAAAAAAUUGCCAAAAAGUGGUUUUAUGUGUGGGCCCUUAAUUAUCCGAGACACAUUGGCCUUUAUGAAAGAGUGCCUCGUCGACUGCAGCUCUUCUCUGUACAAACACAAAUCUGAUAUGGAGAUUGAAGACACUCUUGAUUUGCAAAAGAAAAUCACCAUUUUUAGUCAGAGUGUGACGGAGGCAUGGUGGCGUCUGCAAUUGGUCACUGACCUUUCAGAUGUUGUGGAGUAUGAGAAGAAAUCAAAAAAUUUCAUUCCGCAACCUCAAAGAGGCUACCUCAGUUCAGCAAGUAGCAGUGACAGUGAUUCGGAACUGCAAGUAAAACCUAGAGCAAGAAAGUCGUCUUUCAAAUCAAGCCGUUCUGAGAACACUGACAAGUCUAGUGGUUCUGGUUCCAACACCACAGGUGGAGUUAGUGUUAGUUUUGGCUCAAGAACAAAGAAAAACAGUAGAAGAAAAUUACGAGCCCUGAACAAAUUGCCAAUUGAAACUGACUCCAUUAUGAAUAUUUUGCUUGCAAAUCCUACUAGUCUGGCAGUCUUGUGUCUUUCAAGGAACGACUACAAAAAAGCUCAACAAGUUGUUCAGACUUUUCAUUUGGAAAAUUCAGAUGUGGCAAAUGAAGCCAAUUUCUUGGAAAUGUUUUUCUCUCUUUCAUCGGAGGUGUCGAAAAACCAGAGAAGCAACCCUCGGGAGUUUGCCACUGAAUUGAGCCCAACAAACAGCAAGAUGAUAGUCUCCUCGUCGCUUGAAUUGGUCCGUAAAGCAGCAAUGAUGGGCAUGAGUGCUGUGUCCGUAACCAGUCUUGUUGAAAAAAUCCUUGCUAUGGCUCCUGUCGUACAUGGCAUGGAGAGACUGAUUUUUGAAAACCAUCAAGCAAAGAUGAUCCUGAGCGAUAUAACUGAAAAAGUGAUGGUUUCUGUUGACGCAGCUCUCUGUCUUGGUAACACGAGCUGUGCUUCGCUAAGUUUAAUGGACGUCGUCUCUCAAUACAUCAAAUUUUCAAAUACAAAAUCCGGCGUCCAAGGCAGGGGCUAUGCUCAUUUUGUGACCACCAUCAUGGAACUUUUUCGUUCCCUGCAAAGCAAGGAAAGGUGUGGAAGCGCAGCAGACACAUUGGGAGCAUGGGCAAUCCCAUUAAAUGUGAACUCCCUAAAUGAAUACUUGAGCAUUAUUUUGGGAUUCCAAACCUCUUUGUCUGAUUUCUUUGGGACCUCGUCCUCUGCCAGAAUUAAAAUUGCAUCCGUCCGCCAACUGAUUAAACAGUUAUCAGACUAUAGUAAUGUUUAUGAGUUAAAGGGUGUCAGAGAGGCAGGGAAGGAAGAGCUGCCAUAUCUUCAGCACCUUUUAUGGUACUUGCAAACACUAUCUUUCGUUCUCACAAGAUGUUCAUCUGAAAAUAUGAGAGGAUUGACUAACCCUUUUGACUUGCUGCAAGAUCCGUGGGAGGAAAUAUUGAGCCGCUUGAUCUUUCACUUUGAAGCGCCACUUACUCGAGUAGAACGGGUUGCGAACAGACUGAAUCUCGACCUGCUGCAGGCCAUUGUAGGAGCAUGUUGUCCAAGCUUUCAACAAAGUGGAAAAAAGCACGAUCCCUCAGUUCAAAUCCAACCGGCUGCAAUGGCCUGGGCAAAAAUCAGCUUGAACGCAGCAACUUGUCAGCAGGAAAUAAAAUGUGGCCCAGACGCACUGGCUGCCCAAAUCCUAACCGAUUUGCUAUCGGCAAUUAGACAAAACGACUCUAUACUCGUCACAAGCAGUGAUCUUUUAAAUUUGUCAAACAAUGUAGAGAUCGUCCAAAUUUUGAAUGAGACAACAAAGUUGAGUGGAGUGGACCUGGGCAGCUUGGAGGAAGAUUAUCAAAGGACAGCUUUUAUGUGCAACAUCUGCAACCUGCUCAUGCUGCACAGUUUGAUUGCUUUGGGCCCCAGUAGUGGUCUGACGUCAAACAGUUGGACAGAAAGAAGGGCAGCUUACAACUGCAUUGGCUACCAUAUUGGGCAAAUGGGAUUUGUCACUCUCUCUGGCCUACUCAGACAAUUGGUCGGAACUGAUUACGACGACAACUUAGAAUCCAAAAGACACGAAAACUUCAUGUGGGGUGUGGAAAACAAACUCGCACUCUUUGCUGUUAGCCGAGGAACCAUCCAGAGCCCAUUUAUAAAGGUUUACAAUUCUGAAACAAUUGAAAUUGAGUUGGAAUCAGCAGCUGUGGACUACAUCAUGCACAACAUUAGAGUAGAGGGCUCGAGAGCAGAGGGCUGCCUUAGUUUGAUUUUGACGCCUCUAGUCUUGCAGUAUCUGGGACUGUCAUCUGUAUCAUCUUUAGACCCUGCCGUUGAAGCUCAGGACGAAUCUCAGCCAUCAUUGCCACAGCAGUACUUCCCAGUUACAAGCAUGGCCCGAGAUUGUGCAGCUCACAUACCGUCUAUCUUGGGUUUUCUGGAGAAACGAGUGGAGGGACAACUCAAGCUGCAGCUUGCAGACUGGAGAGAUGCGUGGGAAAAUUCAACAGAUGACACUAAUGAUUUAGUCAUCACUGUUGAAGACUCAAGUAAAAAGCUCGGAAUUCUUCUGCAGUCAUCGAUGGAGGUUGUUGUCUCAGACGAAGGGGCUCAUGACCAGGACCACGUAACUGGAAGAUGGGAAAGUUGUUCCCUUAGUUCUCGAAUACUCCAGUUUCUGGCUAAAAGAUGCUGGAUAGUUGCCCUUUUGGGGGAAAGACUCAGACGUGGGGUUCAGGAGUUUCAAUUUUAUCCCCACACAGAGAGUCUGGACAGGUAUCUAGGAGAAAAAUUUGCUCUCCUGUCAGCCUUUGGGGACGGCAACUUGAUUUUGGGUGCAUUGAAACCACCUUGGAUGAUCUUGGACGAAAUUUGGCCUAUUUUAGAUCGAUGUGUCAAUGAUCAAAAUGAGGAACAGUGCAUCCAACUUAUUUGCUCUCUGCCAGAGUACAUGAUUUCCGAAAAUGUUAGACUGCAAACUUUCAAAGAUCUCUUACUCUUCUACGCAGCUAGCCAGUCAAGAGGACAUGGUAUUGACAUGCCGCACAGACUGGCACUGUCUUUGGGCACAGCUGAGCUUCGAGUGCAGUGCAUAUUGAGGAGCAUUCAGUUUUGGUCUGGCGAGGACAGCAUCGAGGCAUUAAAAACCAUUCUUGGAGACCCUGAAAUCUCUAGAGAAACCAGAAGUAAAGCCCUGAUGGCUCUCAAGAAAGUUUCAAUUUAUCAGCAGGUUCACAAAAUACUCUGCUACUAUCAACCAAACAAGACUUCACUCUCAGAUGGCUGGUAUCAAGUUUUAAAUUUGUCUGAUAAUGACCCAGGAGAGGUUCUUCGAGCAUUGAUUGAAGCUAAACAGUUUCAACUUUGCAUUCAGUGGGCAGAUUUACAUGGUGUGCCAAACAGGGCAAAUCAUUUGAUUGAUUGCAAUUUUGUUGCACCUCUCUUGGAAUCAUCCGACUCGGUUAACUUUGCAGCAGCGGAAAAGCUUUUGAAAUCAGUGUCAGUUGAUCGAGCUGUCUCUAUCUGCCGUCGCCUGCUUGGCUCUCUCUCGUCAUUAGCCAGUCUGCAGUUUGUCGUCAAUUUUGCCCUGGUUUCUUGCAAAUCGUGGCUGGAAGAGAACACAAACGUUUGGGCCAAUCUUCAGCUCUGGUCUGUGGGUCUCUCUAUUAUCAACCUUCUACCAGUGAACGAGCAAAAUAAAGACAGAACUUUAGCUUCAAAACCACACCUUCUCUUAGAGCAAUUUUUAAUGAACACAAAACUUGCAACUCUUGCUGAAGCUUUGGAUAAAUUGAGGAAUGCAGAUUUAAGUGCUGUAUCGUCUGAUAAUCCAGCUCAACCAAAUGCCAUUGACUCCAUGCUCAGGAUGUAUGCCGACAAGGCCCUUGACUUCAGGGUUGUUCAAAGAGUUGUACCAGAAGUGACAACUCCUGAGCCAGAGGAUUUGCUCCAGUCACUGUCAACUGGCUCGACUGGCAGUGGAAAUGCAAUCUUUGUAAUGCCACCAGUCCCGCCUUCAAAGAGUGGAUGGGUUCCAAAUGAUGAGGUAACUGAAUGCAUGUGCUGUCGAAUGGUUCCCUUUUCUAUGUUCAACCGACGGCACCACUGCCGACGGUGUGGCCGAGUUGUUUGUGGUUCAUGUUCCAAUCACAGAUCAAAGGUUGACGGUUAUGGGGAGCUCCAAGUAAGAAUCUGUGACGAUUGCUUUUUCGCAAUGAAAAAAGACAUUCUGCCGGAAGUUAAUAAGAAUGCAGAGCCCUCUCUCCAUUCCUCCCAGCAAACCUACAUAGUCGAGUGGACACUGACUGGUGAAAAGUCCCAGGACGACACUGCCAGAGAUGAAUUCUCCUUUGAACAUGCACCGAGCGUGGCUCUUUGCUUGUCCAUUCUAGGCCUGCACUCCGAACAUGCAGCUGCUCAGCCACGUUUUUUGCUGGAAGCAUCAGAUACAAUGCUGCAAAUGUUAGUGCCUCCUACGCCUGGAUUUGUCAACCCUGAGUUGGACUACAGUCUUGUCAUCAGAAUGGCAAGGAGCCUUGUUGUGGCAGCCAAAGUCAGGUACGCUAAAGCUGCCCUCAACUCCGGUGUUGCCCACUGUGAUCGUCUUUUGGGACAAGUUGAUCUUUUGUCGCUGCUGGUCAAAAGUGGAUGCGCUAAUUUACUUCCCGUUGAACCGUUACCCUUGAGUGGUCAUGCCUUACGUCACUUAAGAGACAGGCUGCUUUCUGCUGAGCUCUGGUCAUUGGCAUUGGAGGUUUCCACCAAAGCAGGCCUUGACCGAACUGGAGUUUGGGCUGCUUGGGGGAAGGCUUGUCUUCGAGCUGGAAAGUGGCAAGAGGCACGGGAACACCUGGUUCACUGUUUGCAGCCUCCAGUCUCGUCUCAAGAUUCCGUUCCAACACCCCUCUUGUCCGAAAUCAUCCGAAUUUUGGAAGAGGCAAGCUACGUCCAAGACGAAGGUGUGAUGAAACUUUCGGAGCACAUCAGCUCGCCAGCUCUCUCUGUUUUGCACACCCUGAAUUCCUUGUCAUCAAUAUCGCAAGGAAAAUUUGUCAUAAAAGAUUUGUCCAAACAAACUGCCUGCUACACAGAGUGCCAGUAUUAUUUGCGGACGUAUGGCACUCCAGGAACAACAAUUUCAUUCUUUUUGUCCCACUCCGACCUGCUCUCUGCGCUGAGGUUCGUCAAAGACCGAAAUGUCGAGCCUGAUGUUUUUGCCGAGGCUCUGUACAAACCUUGCUUAGUCCAGGGACUAGUAGGCCAGCUCUAUCAAGAGAUGAGGAAAAUGGACCCUUCCCUUGAAAUGUGGAAGGAGAUUAUCAUGCAUGUAGGACGCUUGCUGGAGCAGCAGGGUCUCUGGAAUUCCCUCUACCAACUGCAGCUUUUUGCCAAAGACCUGGUUCGAGCUGCCAUGACAUGCAUUCGAUUCUACAAAGCUGGCGCUCGCUGCUACUCGGACAUGAGUUCUGAACAACUAACCAAAGCAAGAGGACACAUUGAAGACGAGUUGGCAGAGCACUGGGCUUCUGCAGGAUUGAAGAGGAGGGAAAGUUCCCUUAGCAGAAGCCGAUCAACGGAGUCACCUGACGCUUCAGAGAGCGACUUUCAAAUUCCACUAAAAUUACCAGCUCGCUCACUAGACCAUCAUAUCAACACAAUUUCUCGACAAUUGGAAGCAGCCAAGUUUCUGCAGCAAUGCGAGUCUGAAGACAGGGCAGCUGUGGUUGCAAUUUCUUCCGCUGUGGGCAAGCUGAUGGCUCCGACAGGCCAGACAAUCCUGAUACCUACACUCUUCGGGGAUCAAAAUGAAAGAACUUUGAUGGCAACUUUGAUUUUACUUUGUGGCAAAAAUAUUGAAGAAGGUUUUGGAAUUACUUUUAGAAUAAUCCAGUACUUCCGACUAAAAGCGAACCGAGUUUAUUCGCUGGUUGCAACGUAUUUAAUUGACUCUGGAAGAAGCAGACACAUCCCCCAACUGGUCAACUGCAUCCAAAGCUCGGGUUCGGCUGAUGCCAUUUCUAGCAGUGAUGAGCUGGUGAACCAAUGCAUCAAGAGACUAGUCGAAGAGAAUGCUGAUGGCAUUAAUCUAUCCGAGCCCCUGCUUCGUCUAAUCUCUGAAACAGAAGCCAAGAUUCAGGCGCAUUUAACUUGUGGAUACCUCAAGUCUGCGUAUUUGCUGGCUGUCAAGUCUGGCCGAGUGUCCGAUGUUAAAAUGAUUCUCAAUGAAGCCGAGCGCCUAAAUCAACCAGCAAUGAAGAGAGUUUGUUUGCAAUGGCUCUCUCAAAAAGAGCGUGGGCCUAAAAUGUAAUCUCAUGUUUUAUAAGUAAGGCCAGUUUAGUGCCCUUCCUUCCAUGUGAUAUUUUGAAGGACUUUUUAAGACUGUUGAUAGAGCACGAUAGUACGCUAUUUUUACCAGACACAAAAUAAUAAAUAAAUCAAAACAGACGGAUACCUUUUAAUGUACAACAUUUAUUAAAUGUAUUAUUUUUCUGUACAAGCUUCGCGUUUUACCAAAAUUGUUUUUUUUUCUUUAUUAAAAUGAUUCGUCUCCAUCGCGUAAUAAUUACAGCAGCAAGUAUACAUACUACUCUCUUUAUUAUAUAAACCGUAUCACAAUAAAUAAAAUAAAUUUAUUCUAAUAAUUGCAACUUGC